AACCCGUUCACUUGUUUCAUUUAUAUUCAGGAACCUCCUUCCUCCUCUAUGCCGACCCCCGUUUUCCUUAAGUCUUACAAUAUGCAUGCAUUCUCGCCCAAUCAAUACUUCGCGUCGUUCGCUUCUCCUUUCCCUGUCCCUCGGUUGUUUCUCACGCCUGCAUUUCUUAGUUUUAACGUCUCAGUAAGUCUCUGUCUUCGCCCCUCCUCCCGCUGUGCAAAUGUUAACGAUGGAUCUCUCCGAAUGCCAAGUGAGAGAUGACUGCUGUCACGUGGUGGGACUAUUUGAAUCCUCUGUCCGUUCCCAGUCCAGUCUCUCCUUCUCAAACUCACUUUCCUCAGGCUCCCAGCCGAGGGACCACUCUGCAGAUAUGGCUGGAUCAAGGAAGCUCGCUUAAGACCCGCAAUUGCUCGUUCACCCCUCCCUAAUCUCGUCAUUGUUCUGUACAGUGGCGGAACAGAAUGGAGCUCUUCAUUUACACAACUUUCUGCGGAUUUUUAGCGUCCACAGGGCUCGGCUUUCAAAUCCAGUGUUACCAAUGUGAAGAAUUCCGAUUAAACGAUGAUUGUUCGUCCCCGGAGUUUAUAGCAAACUGUACAGUCAACGUGCAAGACAUGUGUCUGAAAGAAGUCAUUGUCAAAAGUGACGGAGUUAUGUAUCGGAAGUCUUGCGCUGCUUCUACAUCUUGCCUCAUUACGUCUGCAGGCUAUCAAUCAUUUUGUUCUCCAGGAAAGGUGGGAUCUGUGUGCAUCAGCUGUUGCAACACUCCACUCUGUAAUGGACCCCGUCCCAGAAGAAGAGGAAGCUCAGCGAUGUCUUCAAGAGCAAGCCUAAAACUUUUAGCUGCAGUUGGAAUACUCACAUCAGCAAUUCUUCCAACAUAA